AUUGCCAGUCAUCUUUAAUUUAGAUAGCCAGGCCUAGAACAGCCAAAUAUACAGUUCCUGAUUUCUUGGUCUUGGAUGGCUAUAAAUCUCUCUAGCUAGCUAGGCAGCGCACUACCAAUCAGUCAGCACAUGGAGGACUCGACCCAGUUCAUGCAGUGGGCCCUGAGCACGCUGCAGCACGAGCAGCCGCCGCCGGGAACGCCGGCGCCGGCCGCCGGCGCCUACGACGAUGGCUGCGACACCACCGUCUCGUCCAUCCCGGUGCUGCGAUACUCGGCGUCGGUGGAGAGCAUGGUACCGGGGGAGCCACCAGCACGGGAAGGCCAGCGCGCCACCAACAGCUGGAGCUCGGUGGACACCGACAGCGGGAGUGGCGGCGGCGGCGCGUCCGCCACUGCCUGGUCGCCGCCGCAGCACUCGGCCAUGUGUGCUGCUGCUGCCACGGCCCCGGGCAGCUGCAGUAGCGGCACCAACCAGCCAGUGAGCUGGGACUUCCAUUCCGCGUCGGCGCAGCUAAUGAAAGAAGCCCCCCAGCCGUACUCUGCCGCCGCCGCACUGCAGGCAGAGAGCGGGGGCGGCGGUGGCAGCGGUGUCGCCGUGCCGAAGAUGACACAGCACGUGUCACCGCCGGCGAGGAGGGCCUCUGCCAAGAUCUCCGCGUCGUCUUCGUCAGCGCCGUACUCGCAGGACCACAUCAUCGCGGAGAGGAAGCGGCGGGAGAAGAUCAACCAGCGUUUCAUCGAGCUCUCGACAGUCAUCCCCGGCCUCAAGAAGAUGGACAAGGCGACGAUCCUCUCCGACGCGACGAGGUACGUGAGGGAUCUCCAGGAAAAGCUCAGGGCGCUCCAAAAGGACGGCGGCGGCCGGGGCAUGCAGUCGGCGGUGCUCGCCAGCAAGAAGCCGCGCAUUGCGGCGGCGGCGGACGACGAUGAGAACGGCGGCGCGCAUCCUAACGCGACAGGUGGUGGGGCAGCGGCGACCAGGAACAACGCGCUGCCGGAGAUCGAGGUGAGGAUCUCCGAGGAUAACGUCGUGAUGGUGAGGAUCCACUGCCGGGAGGCCAAGGGGGUGGUCGUCAGGUUGCUGGCCGAGGUCGAGGGGCUACACCUCAGCAUCACGCAUACCAAUGUCGUGCAGUUCUCCGCUAGCGUUCUCAUCAUAAACAUCAUGGCAAAGGUGGAGCAGGGCUUCAACAGCACAGCAGACGACAUUGUAGGGACGCUCAACGCUGCGCUAGCGUGUCACAAGUAGUAGCGCGGAAGGAACAAGAAGAUGCUGCUAUAAAGAGCUAGCGCCACAUUAUCUUCAUCGAUCGAUCUGCUGUGAUGUCGCCAGUGUGUAGCACAAGUGUACGAUGAUGAUGAACCGGGCGGCGUCCCAUCACAUGUUUAUUGAUAGAUCCACUUCGAUGCGAAUAAUAUUUCGGUUUGAUGGCCGUGCGUGCGUGCUUAGCUUGCAUGAAUCCAA